AUGGCCUUGCCGCAGGGUGCCAACAGCUGCCAAUUGGCAGGCUUCACCCUAGCCACCCUAGGAUGGAUCCUCACCAUCACUUCCAUGGGCCUCGUGGAGUGGCGAGUGUGGCACAUAGGGAACACCUCUCUCUCUCACUCCAGAGCGGUCUGUGUGGGAAUGUGGAAGGUGUGCAUUUACCACCAUGCCCCCAACGCCAACAGAUCUACAUUGUGUUACCAUUACACCCAAGAGGAUACUUACAUCCCUUUGGAUAUUCGUAUUUGUCAAAAUCUCCUGUUGGUCGCCAGCAUCCUAGGUCUCAUGGGGAGAGUCUCCACCAUCUUUGCACUUAAAAACGUGUGCGUUGGAAGUGUUCAGAGGAAUGCCACCCUCGGUCCACUCGUCUCAGGAAUUCUGGACAUAGCUGCUGGCAUCUGUGUCUUGAUCCCUGUGAUCUGGAAUUACCACUCCGUGAUGAAUGAAGAGGGUAUUGCCUUCCCACCGUUUCUCUCUCUACCCUUCAAGCCCGAUACCCAGGAGCUGGGCAGUGCCAUUCUGGUGGCGGGCCUGAGUGCCAUCAUGAUGCUGUCCAGCGGAUUAAUUUUCCUCUUUUACAGGUGCCCCAUAGCUCGCCAAGUGCAGCCUCAAACUUCAGAAAUGUAA